ACCCUGUUGGGCUGCAUUCACAGGUUAAAAUAAUACUACUAGUUUAGAGUAAAUUAAACACUCAAAUUUGUUCCAUAUUCAUACAGAUUGUAUAGGGGCUUCCCUUUCUUGUUUUUUUUUUCUUUAAAUAUACAAAUAAUCCAGAUUUACUUAUUGUAAAUGGAGGAUAUUAUGAUUUAACAUAAUAAAAUUGCAAAAAUAUCGGGAUGGGUAUAACACCUAAUUCAAUCCACACUUUUAAUUCAAGAUGAAGCAGAAAGUGAAUAAACCAAUUGCCAUUCCUUACAGAAUAAAAGUACAUGUGUUUUUUUGUCAUUUUAUGGCGUGGAGCCCUCUUUUAUCGGGGUCCAGGCACGCCUGGAACGAUGCAACGAUGAAGUAGUUGGGGGUGAUUGUCAACAGAUUCCAGUACCCGAAUGCGGAUUUGAGUGUGACUGGGAACAACUUUCUGGUAUAAGUCGCAUUGCUAGUUCGUGACAGGCAAAUAUGCCAAUGACACCACUUAAGUGAGUUUGUAUUAUGAUGAGCUGUGAGUUGUUGAAUCAACACAUUAAUUACAGUGCUAAAUGCUGAUCCAAAGUAUCAUAAAGUUGCUGGCAAAGCUGCAAGAGAAGCGGGCGCCUUAUUCUGUAUAAUAUAUUGUGGAAGUAAUGUUGAUCCAGCAAUGAAUAGACGAUGACAUGGCUCAUGGAGGGGUCUUGGUACAUGAAAUGUGGGAGAAUUGAGAAUGGGGCUUUCGGGAGGAUAUGCCAUGGUUGCUGGCCCUGAAACGCAAAGACUUCCUGUUUGACUCCUGAAUCUAAUGGAGGUUUCAAACCACAUUGGUGUUAUUCUUGGAAACAAUACAAGUUAAAGUGCAUAUCCACCAACGAGUUCCAACGUUUCAAGUCAAACGGAAGACAGGCAAUAGCAUGCGAAAAUCGCCAACCAAUUCAACGGUUAAAAAAUCACAAGGGCCGGCCUCUCUCUUCUCUCCCUUCCGCCCUCUCUCUUCGUCGCUGCGAUCCUUCUGUCUCUCUCUCUCUGAAUCUCUCUCUUCUCUCUGUGUGUCUCUCUCUGAAUAUCAGAAGGUCACGUCCAUACUUUUGGGCUAAGGAUAAUAAAGCGCUCUCCCUCUGCAUAUUGGGAGAAGGGGAGAGCGAAGAAGGGUAAUGGCGUGCAGGUGCAGGCCACUGGCAUUCCUCAUAGGUCUACCUUUCGGCCUCGUAGCCUUGGCCUUUGCUAUCGUCGGCGCUGUUAUUUGGUUUAUCGCAAAAGUAUUCACGUGUUGUUGCCCUUGUUGUAUAUGCUGGGCGGGGAUCGUGAAUGUUGCGGCGUUCGUGGUGAAGCUCCCUGUCAAAGUUAUCAGAUGGUUCGUAGAUAAGAUACCUUGCUGAUGGGCUACCUCGCGUUUUUAAAGCUUAGUGUACGUAGUUCCUCAGCUUAAAAGCGUGUAUUAGUUCCAUUUUUGGGGUUGCUGCAAAUAUUACAUUCUUUGAACUAAUGAUGUGAGUUUCUAACAAAUGUCGUCAGGGUUUUCUCAGUGUAAAUUUCUAACAAAUAUUCAGCUUAUUUCCAGUUUAAUUAGUCGCAAUUAUUUGGACC